GCGCGGGCUCAAAGUCCGCGCCACCACACACUGAACACCGGAACGAGGAGUGGGCUCAUCGGGCAUGGUUUUUGCAAGGAAAGAUGCUGGGCGUGAGAAGACGCUGCAGUGCCUUCAGUACGCCAAAGCGGCUUACAGCCAAGAUGCGCUGGGGUGGCAUGCGGUCGCUGCCAGCGAGUGUCGGGUCCUCCUCCGUAAAAAGAACGACACCAUUGAGAUUGCGUUCCGCGGGACGAGCAACCUGAUGAACGUCAUCACGGACCUCACGGUUCGUCUGGUGCCGUACUUGGCUGGCACAGGGCACGUGCAUCAAGGAUUUCUGGAUGCCUACAUGUCCCUUCAUCCUCAGAUUCUGGACUUUCUACAGCAGCAUCCUGGUGCGGACUUGUUGAUCACAGGGCACAGCCUCGGAGGUGCCUUGGCCACCCUCUGCGCGGCCGACUUUGCCCGCGCCCGGCAAGUGGAGUGCGUCACCUUCGGCUCCCCCAGGGUGGGGGACGAGGCCUUUGGUGCCCUCUACCGCAGCAGCGUGAAGCGCAGCGCCCGGGUGGUGAACAAGUUCGAUCCGGUGCCGCGCACGCCCUGGCGGGAGAAAGCGGUCCAAACCGACGCCGACCUCCUCCACCAAGCGCUGGCGGUGCUGCUGAGGGUGCCGCAGGGACGACUGACCGGCGGAGUCUACGCCCAUGUAUGCGAGGAGUCGCAGGUGGAUCUUGGGCCCAUCUCAAGCCUGAAGCACUGGCUGGCACUCUUCACUAUGCUCCGCAGUAAGGGCGAUGACGAGCGCAAGAAGUCUUGGCGCCAGGCUCUUUGCCCUCAUGACCUCGAAAUCUACGAAGCGACCCUUGCAGGCGGCGUCAGCAUCGACGUAGGCUUGCUUCAGGACGUGGGCUUCAUGCUGGACUUCGCCCGGAGGAACCCCUACUGCGCCAGCCUGGCGGCGGGUGCAGGGGCCGCGCUGCUGGCGAUCAAAGCCUUGGCAGAGGCCCGGGCAAAGCGGUCGGGUAGCAAGCCUGAGCCUGCCAGAGCUGAUUUGCACGCGGGCUGCGCAGAGCUCCGGCAGGCGCUCAUGGAUGGCACCGCUGAUGAGGACCUUGGCAAGCUGCUGGAUGCCCUCUGUCAAGCCACAGCCACCUACAUGGAGCGUGGCCAGGAUGCAGGAGGAAGCGAUGUUGAUUUGGAGCCGUGGCGCUUGCUGGCACCACUGCUAGGCCGCUUCCUCUGGCGCUUCGAGGAGUGGCCGGGCCAGUGGCUGGUGCUGGUGCCCUCGCUCCAGCCAUUCCAGGGCCUGGCGCUGGAGUCCGGGGAGCUUCUGGAGGAGGCCCUGGCGGCCUUGGCUUGGAACCCUGGCUUCGAGGCCCGGGUCUUGAUCGCCCUGCGUUUGCUGGAGCUCGGCGAGCAGCUGCCAGAGUCGGCGUGCCAGUGGUUUCGCGCCCACCAGCCGGAGGGUCCGGACAUCCCGGCCGCCUUCGGAUUUGAGAGCUUUGAGCCGGCGGUGCGCCUGGUGGCCGUGCGUGAGUUGUCCGCCCUCCUCCGCCUGGCGACCGCGGAGGCGGAGCCCGCGCUGCCGCUGGGGGCGCCGCUGAGGAGCCUCAGCCAGCUGGCCGCGGACCGGGACGCGGAGGUGAAAUGCGCCGCCUGCGGCGCCCUUUGGGAGGCCUACCAGUUCUUGGGCCUGGAGAAGGUACUGAGCCUUCCCAUGUCAGAGGAGCUGCUGGAGGCCGUGUGGCUCGCGGGGUGCCCGCAGCAGAUUUUCCGGGAGCUGCGGCACCUCAGUGGGUCCAGGGCGCACCACGCGCUCGGCUUCUUGCGGGGCAAAUGGCCGGAUUUCGUGGAGCACCUGGACCUGGAGGAAGGGUUUGCGUGGCAUGUGGUGGAUUGAGGGGCUGGCGGCAGGGUUGGGCA